GUUGGGGGUGUUCGUGGGGGGGGGUCCCCACUGCCUCCAUGCAGGGGAUGGGGAGCCUGCGGCUGGGCAGCCGGGCGGUGAUGUACACGGCCGAGACCCUGCCCAAGGGCAAGAACCGAGUGAUGGGGACCAUCCAGAUCAUGACCGGCUUCAUGCACAUCGGUUUCGGGAUCGUCCUGACGACGCUCACCAACGUCUACACCUCCGUCUUCGUCAUCGGCGAGAUCCCCUUCCUGGGCGGCGUGUCUUUCAUCAUCUCGGGCUGCCUUUCCAUCGGGGCGGAGAAGAGCCCCACGGAGUGUGCGGUAAAGGGCAGCCAGACCAUGAACAUCAUCAGUGCCAUCUUCGCUCUGCUGGGCAUCAUCGCCUUCAUCGUAGACCUCAACCUGAACGGGCUCUACCGCUCCAGCUUCAACUACUACAACUAUCUCGUCCUGGCUGAUACCUUGGGAGAUGACUCACACCCUAGAAGUACCCGUUUCUUUCCGCAAGCCGUAAAAGCGGCGAGGCGGAGGGCUCCGAGUGAGACCUUGGCGUCCGGGGAACUGGGGCUGCAGUGCUUAGGGGAACGGGAUUUCUGUCGUGCUGCUCAUCUUCACCAUCCUGGAGUUCUGCAUCGCCGUGGCCACUGCCAAUUUCUGGUGCCGGGCCACCCGUCUCAGCUCCAACGAGGCCAUGCUGAUCGUGCCCAGCACCACGCAGGUGGACCUGGCCGUGCCGCUGGCUGACGUGCCCCAGCCGCCCAGCUACAGCGAGGUGAUCUACGACCCCAAAGAGCAGCCCAGCUAGAAGCGGAGCUGGGGCCGGGCCGGCUCCCAGGAGCAGCGUCCGACCCCUGCCUGCGUGACAGACCUCCUCCUGCCGCCGCCGGUGCCUCCCCCCGCCAACCCCUCCUCGGGAAAGCAUGUCACCCCUGUCCCCGGGGAGCACCCCGGCACCUCCGCCUCGCCGCACCGAGCGCUGCUCCAGGCAUGGGGGGGCACUGGGGGGCAAAGGAGAGGCUGGGGCCCCUGCAGACCCCACGGGGCGGUGGGUGCUGAGGGGCUACCCUGAGCCUUGUUCUCCCCCAGAAGCAGCAGCUCUUGGGUUUCUUUGCAGUUGGCUGCCCCCGAAGUCUAGCGAAGUCGGUGGGGGGUUGUGCCUCCAUGCUCCCAAAACUCCCCAGCCGGCUCCCAGAGCUAUGGCAUCCUCCUCCUGCGGUGCUGCAGGCUGGGACCCCCCCCCCCCCCCCCUCCAAAAGCCAGUAAGCACCCUGAAUUUCCCCUUUCCCUGCCCCUCUCCUGCCCCUGCGCUAGGUCUCAAAGAGGGGCUCUUUGCCUGCUGACUGCUUUGGAGAAGGGACUUCUCGGGGUUGGGGGAGCAUCUUGGGGUGUUUCUGCCCAUAAAUGCCCAGUUGGUUGCUGGGGUUCAUUCAUGUCGGGGUUCAGGACCUCCUUGAGGUCUGGUGGCCACGUAGCAGGCAGUUUAUAGAGACCCCGAUGUAUGCUGCGAGCCAUGUGGGUAGCCAGACCAUCUACCUUGGCUCGUACCCCGUUGGCUUUAUUUUAUCAUUAAAAUAAAUGCUCUGUC